UUUCAUUGGAGGAGAGAAAAAAGAGGGUGGCGCAUGCGCGUUAGGCCGACGCCAUCUCUAAACUACUGUGCAUUUAUUACUUGUUGAAAGAUUUCUAUGACUUUUAGUGAAUUCGGUGUGUGCUAAUUCGUGAUAAAAAGCGUUAACCAUGGAAUUACUGUGCCGCGAGUGAGGUCAAGUGUCCGUGCGCGUCGUUUGAUGACUGCAUCAUUCCAAUCAGUGCCGACGGCGGGGUCUCGUCUUGCGGAAGUUUCUUAGCUAUAGCAACGCAUAUUUUUUGCGGCUAUCUCCACCGCUCUUGCAACACACCAAUUUCAUGAGCUUUCAUCGACGAUUCCGCUAGUGCUUUCGUCGCGGCGAGGCGAAGCGAUUGAGUUUUAGUUGAUAUGAACUCUGCUUUAAAACCAGUGCUACCCCAACCAGGGGUGCCGCAGCACGGCGGGCAGGCGAGUCCCGCGAAAGGAAACGUCGCCACCGCCAACCACGCGGUAGGCCUUCCUCAGGGCGCUCAGAACUCGCUGCACCUCCCCAACAGCAUCAACGUGCAGAACUUGUCGCAGCACGCUCCGAGCGCGCCGCCGCCCUCGCACGCCGUGCCGUCCAUGGCUCCCGUCUCUGCCAACAUGGCGCAGAUGGCGCAGAACAUGAGCCACCACGGCAACCUCUCCCUGGCCACCCACCCUGCCACGCCCGUGAACACUGCCGCCAGCCCCAGCAAGGGCGCCAGCACCAGCGCGCCGCUUAGUUUAGUUCAGGACAAGCUCCCAGUGUCACAGCCACUCGCUCUCACAAGGACCCCAGAAAAGAAAGAGCCUGAUUCCACUGGCCAGGCAAAUGGCACUGUAGAUUCUCCUAAGUCUGGUUCCAAUGCACCCGCCACACUCAAACCACAGAACCCUGAACCCAAGCAGGAAAAACAGGACAUUGCUAAAACUUCACCAAGCACACCUAAGCCUCCCGAAAAACCAGUGAGCACUCCCAGCACCCCACAGAAGCCUGAAGCAACUUUACCUGUCAGUCAAACAGAUGGCCCCGUACAACCCAAAGUGGCUACAGCAAAUGAGCCUCCAGAAAAAUCUCCCUCAAAACCCAUUGAGCCCAAACCAGCACCUACUGCAGAUGUUGCACCAUCACAAAGUGAUAGUAAACCAGUCCCUGAGUCAGCUAACGAAAAUCAGAGUCAGGAAAAGCCACCUUCUCCACAGAAGCAAGCAGAGGAAAGUGCAAAACCAGAGGCUUCUGUAGAAAAAGAAGAAAAGAAAGUUGAAGUUAUUGAAGAACCGGUAAAAAGUGACCCACAACCUCAGAAAAUUGAAAAAACUGAACCAGACAAAGUUGAACCACCUAAACAGGAAGAGCCAGAGACACCACAAAAAGAUGAACAAGUAGAAGAAAAGAAACCAGAGACUAAAAUACUAUCCAAAGCUGCAGUGAAAUUAACUCCGAAGUCCACUUUAAAGUUGGCUACAGUGACACCUCCUAUGAGGAAAAGACGGCAGCUGUCAGAGAAGCUUGAUGGGGCAACUCCAUCUAAAAAGCUGGCUGAUGAUGCUGGGACUUCAGAUGCUAAAACUAAAAGGAAUAGAACAAAGGUGCAACUUUACCAGUCUCCGACUCCAGAAAUAGCAAUGGCUACUAAAUUGUCGGCUUCGGCCGGCCGUUCCACGCCGACCAAGGCAAAUGAUGAUAAGCUAAUUGUUUUCUACAAAAACGAAUAUCUGGCAGUUCGUAACGCAGAGGGAGGGUUCUACGUGUGCCAGGCAGUGCAGAAUGUGUACCGCUCCACACGUAAGAUUAAGAUACGCUGGCUUUCACAGGACAAGGCUGACACUUCUGGGGAAACCUACAAACCAGAUUUCUACGAUGUUACAGAUAUGGAGUGCGUUCUAACAACGCUCUCGCUUAACCGCGCGAGCGGCGGCGCGCAAGUGUUGCGGGCGGGCGAGCGCGCGCGCGUUCAGUCGAUACUGCAGCGUGCGUUACGCGCAGAGCAGAGCGGAGCCAACCAUCUGCAGCUCACGGAGGAGCACCCUGAUGGAUUGGACCUAUCGCUGUACACAGACGAGUCGCAACUGGAGAAGAAAGCCACCCGCAAACGGAACAGCUCCAAGUCCUCACCAAAAGCCGAUAGAGACGCUAGCGAGACUGCGAAAAGCGAGGCAACGCCAAGCAAAAAGGCGCGAACGACGCCAAAACGCAGUCCGAAAAGCGUCACCAAAGCGCCCCCCCCGGAGGUGCAGGCGCGGCACAAAGGCGCAGGUAGUACGCCCAGUGGGGCGAGUAGCAAGGUAGGCAUAGUCCGACGGAUAUAUAGACAUACGGCAACAGCGUUGACGGAGAAGGCUAAGGCGAAAACGCCAUCAAAACGGACACCCUCAAAACCGACUAAGGUCGAAACACCUGUAUCUACGCCGCGGAAAGGAAGACGCGCUGCCAAGGAAAAUAAAUCAACCCCUAUAGUGCCAACACCUUCCACUUCGACCGGCAAAACGAGCCGUUCGCGCAGAUCGCUGAAGAAAUAACACACACAAUACUUGCGUGCGGACGUCACACAGAGAGCGUAGCGCACGCACGCCACACAGAAACACAAGUAACGUGUACAUGUUACGCAGAAACACAUGUAACGUGUAUAUGUAUCACAUAAACAGAUGUAAAGUGCUCACGUCACACAGAAACACGUGUAACGCGUGCACGUCAUACAGAGCGCAUAACGCAUGCGCCAAAGCAUAGAGACAAUGUUAUUGUAUCAGAUGGGAACUGUUUAACCUGUUUUUCACAAAAAAGAAUUAACUUCCAUUAAUAUAUAACUUUAUUCGCAAUGACAUCAAUAUUUUGCAGAAGCAAGAACAAUUAUUUUAAUACAUAUUUUAUUUGAAGUGUCGUGUUUGGUACUUAUAAUUAUGAAUGCAUAUUACAGCAUAGAUCUGAAGCUUGUCGGACAUACACCGACGAGAAUAUCCGUUAGAAGCUUUGAAUUCUAAUUAU